AUGACCAGCACCAAUGAAGCACGUUCUGUUUUAAUCGAGAGGUCGGAGAAGAGGACGAUGGUCACAGAAGGAUUCGACGAAGCUAGCAGAGGCAGUACCGAGCCCGACAUUAUAGUUGAUGUGCGUGAAAAGUCUGCGGUGAUCACAGAGACAUCAGUGUCCACUCCGCAGUGGUUGCUGUCCAUGAUACGUGAGCAAGAAACCGCUCAACCUGAAACAAUGGCUGGAAUUGGUAAGGUUCCAGCAAUACUGCGGGACAUUGAACAACACAAAGAUUGCUUUGAUCCCAUGGUGGUCUCCAUUGGUCCUUAUCAUUAUCAGGACAAAGAUAAAGAUGGAAACCCAAAGUUUGCACGAGUGGAGAAGCUCAAGGUUUUAAUAUCAAAGGAGUUCACUGGUGGAGAGAUUGAAAACUUAGUCAAAUUUGACGAUGUCUCGCACAAUGCAAGGGGAUAUUAUGCAAAGAGUUCAACAGCAGAUUUAAGCGAUGAUCAAUUCACACGCAUGAUGUUCCUGGAUGGUUGUUUUGUUCUCCAUUUCAUUGAUUGCAUCGUCAAUGGCAGACCCGGUGAUACAAUGAUGAAGACUGAUCAAAUAGCUUUCAUACUAAGGGACUUGUUCUUGCUGGAGAAUCAACUGCCCUUUCUGGUUCUUCAGGCAUUGAUGAGCUUCAGACACAGUGAGAACGAUUGGCAAUGUCUCAUCUACAAAUUUGUAGAUUUACCACUUAAGCUCCAAAGCACAACAUCUAUAGAGAAGGAUGAUAAACCUGCUCACCUCCUUGACAAACUCCACAAGAAGCUCAUUGGUGAAGAGAGAACACCUGAAUCUUCAGAAAACAAGAAGAAGCCCAUUGGUCACCAACAGAGAAAGUCUUCAGAAAUGAAAGAUGAUGAUUGGCACUCAUUUCGUUCAGUCAUUGAACUUAAGAAAGCAGGGAUCAAGUGCAAGAAGAGCAACAGUGGGAGCUUAAGAGAUGUUAAGUUUGAAGAUCAUCGUGUCAGUGGAGAUCUGUUCCUUCCUCAACUUUUCAUUGAUGAUUCAACAAAGUCCAUACUCUUGAACUUGGUAGCUUAUGAAGCAAGCCCUGAUGGUCCAAGUGACUAUGUGGUCGCCUCGUACAUUGUUUUACUGGAUGCACUUAUCGAUCAUUCCGAAGACGUGAAGGAGCUGAGAUCUAAGGGCAUACUCCAAAAUUUACUUGGCAGUGACCAACAAGUAGCUGAUCUAUUCAAUGAAUUGGCAAUCAACUUGGUGCCAAGCCCUUCUGAAUAUCUCGAAGUUAAGAGAAAUAUUGAAAAGCACUGCGACAAGAAAUUUUCUAUAUGGAUGACCGACUUUCGGCGGACACAUUUCAGUAGCCCCUGGACUAUUUUUGCCUUCUUUGUUGCAGGUGGUAUUAUCCUUGUAACCUUUGCACAGACCUACUUUUCCAUAUUCCCCAGAGGAGGUGGAGGAGAACGGAAAACACCAACUCCCUCAAGGAAGAUUCACUACAAGUAA